ACCAACUUUUUGUUGGUAAAUAAAAUAAAUUAAAAAAAAAAACAAGUAAAAAAUUAAAAAAAAACGCGAAAAGGCGGAAAGAACGAGAUUAACUAGCCCAAGUGUGAGGUCAAACACGCGCUGCGUACUGAAAAAAAUCUCAAUCUCAACGACGCCCAUAAGAGGCUUCAAUUUGUGCUUAAAUCCGCUUUUGGAUUUUCGUGCGGAAAUAUAUAGUGCCAGCAGUGGCUGCAAAGAAGUCUGAAAAGGCGCCAUUUUAAAGCGAAAAUAAUAAUACCAAAAACAAAAUAAAACAACAAAUAAAUAUGAACAUUGCCAAUCGCUGAGCUGAAACCCUAAAAAUAAUCAAAUAAAAGAAUCCACUAAAUAUUCGUAUGCUUUUGGAGGAGACUAUUGAAUAUUAGUGGACGACGACAUCCGAAUUCGACGUAUCAGCUGGCGUGCAUACAUAAAUCUUCUAUUCUAUUAAGACUUUACUCGCAAAACAAGCCAUUUUACUAAUUGACGAUAUAUACAUAUACGACAAAUAUUUUUCCAGCGUUAUUUUGCAUAUUCUUUAUUGAAAGCCGUUUAGAAGCAACAUUGUUCCCACGUAUCCGAAACUUUUCGCGCAUUAUUCUUGUUAUCGCUUUUACUACUUAUAUAUAUAUACAUACACAUAAAUAUAUAUAUAUGUAUAUAUAUUCAUCGUUUUAGUUUAUGAAAUCGUGUCGACCUGGUCAUUUACAAACAUAUAUUCUCAUAACUUGAAAAGAUACGAGCGCCAUAUUUGUAUUAUUUUAAAAUUAAAAUAACAAAAAACCAAAGCCAAGCCCUUAAAACACAAAGGUAUUCAAAAAAAAAAAAAGGAAGUCACUCACAAAAUCAACAACAACAAACAAGGAUAUCAAAAUCUCUGAACAACACUAAUCAAACUUCAACUUGAAUAAGGGGAAAACCACAAAAUUUAUCUAAAAAUUUAAAAAAAUCCUAAAUAUAUAUCUAUUUAAAAGAAUACGGCAUUUGCCGCAAUUACCUAAAACCAAUCACCGAAACUCCAACUUCCGUUUUUGCCGCUGUAUAGUAAAAAAAAAAAAUACUUACAAACAUAGUGAAUAAAUAAAAAAUAUAUACAUAUAUUAAGAUUCACACACUUCACGGAAACUUGUGCAAUUUUGAACUCUUGCGCUUAAAUACACGCACGCUCUGCACGCAGACAGUACUGCGCUUAAAUCCACUCAAUUUGUCAACGAUCAGCGCGUGAACAUUUUGCCUACGCAGCAACGCUAAUUGUCCGAUUUUCAUAUUUUGAAAAAAAAAACUCAAACGUAAACGCCACUUAUGGCAUCCCUCGAGGAACAACCAAUCUCUACCAUCACCGCCAUUUCCACCUUUGAUCCGGCUACCACCAAUACCUCUGCUGAUAUCACCUCGACUACAUCCGAUUCUUCCGCCGGUAGUGCUGUUGCCACCGCCGCCGCCUCAAUUGCUGAUAUCUCGCUGGUGUCAACGUUGGAGUCGGAUUUCGGCAAAAGCACCUGUGCUGAAAAUCAACUGCUGCCCUCGGCUGCUCCCGCCUCCGCAGCCAUCACCGGUAACAUUUUAAGCGGCGGUAACAACUCUGCAGGCGGCUCCAGCGCUACGGCUACCGGUGUUGCUGUUAAUUCCAUCGUUGAGAAGCUUGUAAGUUCACUGACACUUGACAUGGACACUGAACCGCUUGGAAGUGGCAAUUCAACGUUGUCGUCUCGUGAGUUCAACGGCAACGUAGGUGCAACUACUUGCGAGCAUAAGAGCGUGUCAUCGCGUUCGUCUUCGCUUGCAGGCAAUAUGUUUAGUGAGGUGUUCGAAAAUAAGGGUAGCGAUUUGGAAUCGGGCUCGCUUGAGGAUUCAUGUGGUUCGUUGGGCGCUGAUGGCAUGGACAAGAAUUGCAAGAUUUGCAGCUCGCGCUUAGUAACUCCUCGUGUGCUGUCAUGCCUCCAUGUCUUUUGCGAAUCGUGUUUAGUAAAACUGAUCACAGACGAUUCUAACGGCAAUUCAUCAUCGGCUUCGUCAACUACUUCGACUGCAGGAGAGCUAAUGCCAUUGAAGCCUGUUAUCGAGUGUCCCACUUGCAAACAAGUAACUAUGGUCGGCUCCAAGGGCAUCGAAUCGUUGACUUGCGAUUAUAUCUUAACCAACAUUCUUGAUCUUUCCACCAUCGAAUCGGAGCAGUUGUCGUGCACUUCAUGCAAGAGUAAGGAGAAAGCUAUUUCACGCUGCAGUGAUUGCGCUAAUUUCUUGUGCGGCGGCUGUGAUAAUGCUCAUAAGUAUAUGCGCUGCUUUGAGAAUCACGAAGUUGUCAAGCUUGAGGACUUGCAGAAGGCUACAGCUGACAAACCAUUGACCAUCCAUAAGCCGCUUUACUGUAAUGUUCAUACUGCUGAAAAUCUGAAAUAUUAUUGCUUCAAUUGCCAAAUACCCGUUUGCAAUGAUUGUUUGAUUGCCGAUCAUAAAGGCAGUGAGCAUCAUUACGAUGUGAUCGCUAUGGCCGAAAAAUCUGUGCGCGUUGACGUAGAGAACUUGAUGAAGGAAGCCAAAUCAAAGGUGCAAUAUUGCGAUGCUGCCGCUUCAAAUCUGUCAAGCGCUCUCACUGAGCUCCAAACUCAACAUGAUUCGGCUCGCGCCCGCAUCGAUGAGACCUACCAAAACUACAAGAAGAUUUUGGAGAAAUGCCGGGACCAAUCGCUUACCGAACUUGGUAAAUUGCAUUCAGAACGUGAGCUAAAAGUAAUGGAUUUGCUUCAGAACAUUGAAAACACCAUGGGUAAAAUCGAUAGCACCUGCAAAUUUACAAUGCGCGUACUGGACCAGGCCAAUGCCGCCGAAUUUCUCUCCAUGAAGAAGCUAAUUAGUGCUCAGUUUAUAAAUCUCAUCAAUAGUACACCAAAGUGUGACAUUAACUACUCGCUGACAUUCGACACAAAAGCGGAGAAGUUCGAACAAGUCGCCCGGGAGACGUUUGGUAAAUUCCGCACUGAAUCGACACCACCCUCGCCGAAGGAGAGCACACCACCACCAACCUUACCCGGCAUGCCACCCACCAUGAUGAGCAGCCGCAGCGGUGGAAUGAAUACUUGUGGCUCGCAAAGUCAACUAGCCGGCGGCAGUUCAGUUACUGCUAGCAGCCCAAUAUCGCUGCCUACAUCCAUGCAGAGCUCUUUCGAUGGUGACUUCUCCGUACUCGGCAAUGGAUUUCUCAUGCCCAAUGUACUAACACCAGAUUCACCACCUCAUCAGCCGCCACCCACUUUGCAUCACCAAAUUUCGCAACAACAAGUACCACAGCCACCACCAACUCAGCCACCAAUACAUGGUGUCAAUGGUGUUCGGGGCUUUGAUAGUGGAGUUAACUGCGUCAAUAGUGUCGGAAUGCCAGGCUCGGCACUUGGAGGCGGAUUAAAUGCACUCACUGGUGGGCACGCAUCUUUGCAUGGCCACAAUCAAGGUCAAGGUCAAGCUCAUGGUCAUGGUCACGGUCAUGGUCACAAUGCUGCCGGCGUUAAUCCACUUAGUGGCGCUGGUAACAAUUUAAAUGUUGGUUUGAAUAGCAAUGCUUUGGGCAAUAGCAUAAAUGCAUCUCUGGGUCAAAGCCUAAGCGGUCUCAGCGGUGGUGGUGGCGGUAUGAACGGCAUGAACGGCGGACUUAAUACCACACUCAAUGCUGGACUUAAUGGUCCGUCAAGUGGGGCUGGUGUUGGCGGUGGAGCACCGCCACCAAGCGCUUACAACAGUAUUCUUGAAUAUAAUUUGUCCCGCCUUGCCAGCCUCACUGAGGCGACCCCAGAUGUUACUCUAAACGAAGCUUUAGUGGGCCCACCGGCUGGCGCUGGAGGUCACCACCAGGCUGUGGUACCGGCAUCGUCGUCGCAAAAUCAGCAAAUUUCACUAGCAGAUAUACUAUCGGGUGAUCAGCGCGCUUUUAAUAAUUUACAAGCGCUUGCAAAAAUGGGGCUCAAUAACAAUGAUUUUCACACAGACAUGAAUCAGCUUUUAUCGAGCGGAGCUUCACCCGGAAUUGAUUGUAUAUUACCAGAUUUCUGCCUACCCGCAGCCACAUCGCCCAGCCUCUCAACUCUAGGGCCACUCGGUGCUGGACCCGUCGACGAAAUGUCCAUUACAAAUUUUCAUGCUGGCGCCGCACCGGGCACAACCAACAUCGUUACCGGACGUAACAAAGCUACACCCAUGCAGAUUCGUUGCAAAUUUGGUUCACUUGGCACCUCAAAGGGUCAAUUUAAUUCUCCACAUGGUUUUUGUUUGGGCGUUGACGAGGAAAUUAUCGUUGCCGAUACAAAUAAUCAUCGCAUCGAAGUGUUUGACAAAACUGGCACACUUAAAUUCCAAUUUGGUGUACCCGGCAAAGAGGAAGGCCAACUAUGGUAUCCACGUAAAGUGGCCGUAAUGCACACAAAUGGCAAAUUUGUCGUCUGCGAUCGCGGCAACGAACGUUCGCGCAUGCAGAUCUUCUCAAAGUGUGGACAUUUUAUGCGAAAGAUUGCCAUUAGAUAUAUCGAUAUUGUCGCAGGCUUGGCCGUAACUUCAAAGGGUCAUAUUGUGGCUGUAGACAGUGUCUCACCAACAGUAUUCGUCAUAUCAGAGGAUGGUGAAUUGGUGCGUUGGUUCGAUUGCAGUGAUUACAUGCGUGAACCCUCAGAUAUUGCCAUACGAGAUAACGAUUUUUAUGUGUGCGACUUCAAAGGUCACUGCGUUGCUGUCUUCCAGGAGGAUGGUACUUUCCAAUAUCGCAUUGGUAAUGAGAAGGUCACUUGCUUCCCCAAUGGCAUCGAUAUUUCAAAUGCUGGUGAUAUUUUGAUUGGUGACUCGCAUGGCAAUCGCUUCCAUGUGGCCUGCUAUUCGCGUGAUGGUAUUUUACAAUCAGAAUUUGAGUGUCCUCAUGUUAAGGUUUCGCGCUGUUGCGGCUUAAAGAUAACUUCCGAAGGCUAUGUGGUCACUUUGGCCAAAAAUAAUCACCAUGUGCUGGUACUUAACACGCUUUACGUUCACUGAUCGCAGAUCAAAACCACAACUAGCAGUUGUAUCAGCGGCAGCAGCAAUAACAACAACACUACUGGGGGUAACGUAAGCAAUUUUCCAAUGAAUGUAUCCAAUGGAAAUGGUAGUGGCGGUGGCGUUGGCAGCAGUGGCAGUGCCUAUGAAAGCGUCAACUGCGGCAUUAUCGCAGUCAACAACGCCAUCAGC